AUGUGGAAUGGUCAUAAAUUUACACACCAAAAGAAAUCAAAGGUGGAAACUUCUCUCGGCAAGCCAGAACGUAAACUUGUCAAACGUUGCUCUUGCCAACCGUCUGCUUGUAGCUGUCCAUCAAUUUCUAUUUCACUACAAAUUUCAUGUUCUUGUCCACAGAUAUGCAAAUGUACACCAAAAGUACCACGUAUUUAUCCACCAAUGCCCCAUCCAUUACCACCUCCAACACUGCCACCCGUCACGUACACGUUUCCACCCAUUACUUACACAAUGCCGCCCGUUACUUACACAUUGCCACCAGCAACAUUACCUCCAACAACGCUAGUUCCACGUCGUUCAAUUUACUGUUGCAUUAUAUUCUUUUGUGUUGGCUGUAGUGAUGGUAAACAACCAGGCCACGUCAGUAUUUUGAUAUUUUUUCAUAUUUGGAUUUCUUUUAAACUAGUACUGAAUCAAGGCUAA